AAAACUCCCAGAUCGCCAACUCCCGAGAACAGCUGUAUAGCGACAUGCUUUCUGCUUCCUCUUGUUUCCGUGGUAUCCAAACAAUUUUUCUAACGUGGUAAAUAAAAGCGCAUAUUCCCAUAGUUCGGACAAUAAUUAUGCAUACGCAUAACAACUUUAAGACCCCCUCUGACGAAGACGAACUGGAUGAUCUGGAUGAAGAUAUGGUGGUGGGAGUCAUUGCGGAAAUUGAACAGGAGGUUCUGAACGAAUCAGACAGUGACAACGAUGAAUAUGACCUUGUGGACAUGGGUGCUCCGGUACCAGGGAACGAUGACAGCAGUUACGAUGGCAACGAGAGUAUCAGCAGCGACGGCAGCUUCGAUCCGAACGCUGAAGAUUCUGACUCGGAUGACUCGAUGCAGGAGGACGCGACCAGUGGAGCUGCCGGAGGAGCCACGAGUGCAAAAAGGCGGAAGGAUGACGAUGGGCCAUCUGGCACCAACAGGGAAUCAGAAACCACUUUCGAUUUGGACGAGGAAGACGAAACAGACGAAACUGUUCGUGCCAUUAUAGCGGCCAUAAAGAAACCACGCAGUGCCCCACCAGAGAUCAAACUUGAGGAUUUUAUUACGGACAUCUGCUUCCAUCCGGAUCGCGACAUAAUCGCCCUGGCUACAAUAAUCGGAGACGUGCAUCUGUACGAGUAUGACAACGAGGCAAACAAAUUGCUGCGCACCAUUGAAGUUCAUUCCAAGGCCUGUCGCGAUGUAGAGUUCACCGAGGAUGGGCGCUUCCUGCUCACCUGCUCCAAAGACAAAUGUGUAAUGGUGACCGACAUGGAGACGGAGAAGCUAAAGAAACUGUACGAGACCGCUCACGACGAUGCUAUCAACACCCUGCACGUUCUUAAUGAAAACCUCUUCGCCACGGGCGAUGAUGCAGGCACAGUCAAGCUGUGGGAUCUCCGCACGAAGAACUCAAUAUUUGAGCUCAAGGAGCUGGAUGAUCAGAUCACCCAGCUGAUAACCAACGAUCAGAGCAAGCUACUCCUGGCCACUAGUGCCGAUGGCUACCUGACUACAUUUAACAUAUCUGCGCGAAAGAUGUACGUGCAAUCGGAGCCGUACGAGGAGGAGCUAAGCUGCAUGGGCAUCUAUCGUGGCGACUCCAAACUAGUGGUGGGCACCUCCAAGGGACGUCUUUAUACCUACAACUGGGGCCAAUUCGGAUACCACUGUGACAUGUAUCCGGGCAUAAAGAGCCCCAUUAGCCUAAUGAUUCCCAUCACGGACAGGAUUGCCUGUGUGGCCGGGGAGGAUGGAAACAUCCGUGCUUGUCACAUCGCUCCGUAUCGUAAUCUCGGCGUGGUGGGACAACACAAUAUGCCCAUCGAAUCACUGGACGUGAACAACAAUGGUGAGCUUCUUGCCUCCUCUUCACACAACAACGACGUGCGGUUCUGGAAUGUAAAAUAUUUCGAGGACUUUGGAGAUAUCAAGUACAACGACAAGCACAAUGCUUAUAAAGAGAAGCGUCACAAUUUGCCCUCCUCUAAAUGCACCAACGCAUCAGACUUUUUUGCCGACUUGACCAAAGAGGAUGCUGAUGAUGAUGACCCAGGCGCUGGACCCAGUAAUACAGCUUAGAAUGGAAUGCCAGAUUAAGGAGAACUUUUACCUGUUUACAUAAUUUUAAAGAAAUAAAUUAUAAUCUAAUGUUUUAGAUUUAAAGUAAUUUUGUUCUUUAAAAUUUAUGUAAUUGUGUAUUCACAGAUUAUUUCUUAGUAAUUAGAUAAACAAAAUUUUUUAGAAAUAUGUUUACAAAAUACUGCUUUUCGUCAGUACGAAUGUUUUCAAAUUGGCCCAUCCAGAUAUGAAACUACAGUGUGACUUAAUCGAGCUCUUUUAAAAUCAUUAAUGACCCAUAUUAAGCAUACACGAAUGAUUCACACAAAGCAGCAUGUUUAAAUUUCCCAAUUAACUAAUAUAAAUAAUAAAGUCGUAAAAUAGAACUGAUCAAAGAAUCAUCCCAAUAAGAAGAUA